ACUUACCAUAAUAGUAACUCCCCGAGUUACUAUUAUGGUAGUUACCAUCAAUGGUAACUACCAUCGGAGCUUAAUAUCCGUUGCAUAAAACCGAUAUUAACUAAUAUAAGAAAAACCCGCGAAUGGUCUUCUUGGACGAGCCAGAAAUUUUAGCGCAUGCGCAAUACCCGUCGUCUGCUAGAUAUAGCCACUGAGAUAAACACCGAAGACGGCUGCUGCUAAUCUACAAUUAUCGUCCAUCGAAAUGGUGAAACGCAGGCCGAAUUUGACAGGUCGGGAUGUCCGCUGCCUGGCAGACUACGUAAAAAAGAACCGCCAAGCUUUGUUCGGCAAAGCGGGGAACUGUGUGGAAAAGAUCAAAAAACGAAAAGAGGAUGCAUGGGCCCUAGGGCUCGUAUCCCUAGAGGCCCAGGGACUCCAACCAGGUAGAAUAGUAAAGGACUUGCGUCUUACCUGGAACGAAAUGGCGGCAAAGGCCCGAAAGUACCGGGACGCAAAGAACAAGACAGGAGGUGGACCACCAGUGGAAUAUAAUGAGAAGCACGAGGCAGUACUGGAGGCAAUGGUGGAGGAGAGUGUGGAGGGCAUUCUGGGGCCAGAAGAGGAGGCUGGAUACCUAGCUCUCCCUUCGAGCCAAAUGUCACAGACAGCAGAAAAUGCCAUGGCUGUGGCCAUGAUGGUUAACACCAUGGUGGGUGGCAUAUCUGUGCCGGCCCGGGACCCACAGACCAGUACUAGUGCAGCCAGCAGUGCCGGACCACCAAUAGACCAGCCUGUUCUAGUAGGGGAUAGCAUGGCCAAAGACACCAAAAAGCCAAUCAGCUGUCAGCAGAACAUGCCCUAG